AUGGCCCCCAACUGGACACAUCUCGUGCGCUUCCUCGCCCAAGAGGACGGCCAGGAACACCUGGGCCAGAUCGACAACAAGAAAGUGCCCGACCUCGGCCUGGCCCUCGACAACGGCGAGACCGUCACGGCGCAGGUCGUCGAGGGCGACGUGUUUGACGGCCAGGUCAAUGCCGACCGCGUGCUGACCAUUGGCACGCUGCUCAGUCCGCUGCGGACCGACCAGGUGCCCAUCAUUCGCUGCAUGGGGCUCAACUACCGCGACCACGCGCGCGAGGCCAACAUGCCGAUCCCGGAUACGCCGGUGCUCUUCAUCAAGCCGCGCACGGCGCUGGCCGGCCCCGCGCCGGCGCGCAUAAACAUCCCCGCGAUUGCGCAGGACGGCACGAGCGACUACGAGGCGGAGCUGUCGUUUGUCAUUAGCAAGACGGGGCGGAACAUUCCCAAGUACCGGGCGUUCGAGUACGUCCUGGGCUACACGGCCAGCAACGACAUCAGCGCGCGCGCGCAGCAGUUCAAAAACAGCCAGUGGUGCUUCAGCAAGGGCCUCGACGCGUCGUGUCCGAUUGGGCCGGUGCUGGUCGCGGGCCGUGCGGUGUCGGACCCGCACCAGCUCGGCAUCCAGGCCAUCCUCAACGGCGACGUCGUGCAGGACUCCAACACGUCCGAGAUGAUCUUUGACAUCCCCACCAUCAUUUCCUUUUUGUCGCAGGGCACGACGCUCGAGCGCGGCACCAUUGUCAUGACGGGCACGGGCCCCGGCAUCGGCGCCAUGCGGAAUCCCAAGCUGUCGCUGCAGCACGGUGACGACAUGCGCGUCUCCAUUGCCGAGAUUGGCACGCUCAUCAACACGGUGCACUACGAGUAG